AUAAUUAAUUAAAAUGAGAUAUUAAAAUUAACAAUACACUUGUAGAUCAUCAUACGUCGUUGAUAGAUGGCAGUACUAGUAUAUUAGAGUUCCAUGUCCGGUCAAUAAAAACACGGGUGAUACAGGUUAACCUAAUCGAGUAGGGCUGGUUGUUAUCAUGAUAAAAUUUAGUUAUGCUUAUGAAUUGUGAUUAUUUUUAUAAUCUCUUUAGUCCUUGGUUAAAUCAUAAAUAUUAAAGAUUAUUAUUAAAUACAAAUAAUAUCCACAGAUCUACUAAAACAAUAUAUUUUUCACCUUUAAUAACUUCAUAAAUAAUAUUAACUAUUUCUGUGUAAAAAAAAUGUAUCAUACUUUUUGAUUAUAUACCUAUAUUACAAAGAUUAUUUGAAUUACUUAGCAUCAAGAUCACAUCAUUACUGGAAUGAUUUAAAUUCUUAAAUAGUUAUAUUAUUAUUCAAUCAAAAUGGUGAGUGAUAAAAGUAACAUUAAGUAAUAACCAUUAAACAUUUAAUAAGAAUAAUUAAAUGAUUUAUUUUGAAUGUUAAUUAAUAUAUAGCUCAUAAAUGUAUGUGAUCCAAUCAUUAAUGCCAAUAUAAAAUUGGACGGGAAUUGUAUAUCGAGAGAAGAUUAUGCUGUAGAAAAUCUUAUAUCGUCAAAUGAAAGUGUUCGAAAAAGAGGAUUCCUGUGCGAAACUUUUAUUCGACCACCUAUAAGUUUAACAGUCUCUUUCCCAUUUGUGUUUGACAUUAGGUACGUGGUUAUUGGUACAAGAGUUGGCGGUCAAAAGUCUUCGGGGUUUCAAGUAUCAUCUGGACGCAAUGACAAUGUACAAAAAAUCUGUUCUAUAAUCACUGAAAAAGAAUCAAUAGUAUUUCAUGAUAAUAAUACUGAUUUAUCCACCUUUGGAAAUGAUUAUGAAAUAUGCUGUUUUAAUAUAUCGGCAAGUAGAUGUAUCAGAUCCGCUGAAAAGUUGUCAGUACGUAUUUUUAAAACAGCUAAUUCUAUACCAGCAAUUAGCAAGUUGGAAAUUUGGGGGAAAAUAUCAUUUAGUGUACCCAAAGAAAUUAGACAAGCAAUCAUUAGCAAUUGGGUAGAAAAUAAAAAUCCAAAGAAGGAAAAACUACAAAUUACUCAUGUACAAUCAGUGACAGAAAAAUAUGCUGAGAAAAAUAAUAUUUUUAAAAUUUGUGAUGACUUUUUAGAUUCAAUUACGUUUGAAGUGAUGAAUUUUCCUAUGGUCUUACCCAGUGGAAAAUAUGUGGAUAUAUCAACAAUAGAAAAAUGCAGUGAAAAUGAUUCCAUGUAUGGACGUAUGCCUUGUGAUCCUUUCACUGGCAUUUCAUAUACGGAAACAUUAAAACCUCUGUCAGUGCCUGAACUGAAAGGACGAAUAGAUUCGUUCUUAUUAAAACACUCAAAUAAUGAAUAUGUAAAGAGUUUACCCCGUGUGGUGGGUAAACGUAGUUUCAGUUUUUAUACUGAAAGACAAGCUAAAACUGCCAAAGUACAAUGUAAUACUUGCAACAAUUGUUAUAAUAAUAAUAUGUAUUGUUUACCUUGUAAACAUUAUCAAUGUAAAAACUGUCUGCAAACUAUGAUUAUUGAAUGCAAAAUUUGUCACAAAAAUUUUAAUCGAAGUCAAGUUGAAAAACAUCAUGAAAAUCAAUAGGUAUAAAAGGUUUUUAUUACUACUUCUAUUGAUUUUAUCAUAUUUAUUAUAUAGGAUGUAUACAAUAAACAUAUUAUAUAAGCUAAGUUAAAGGACGAUUUGAAAAUAAUUUUCUACUGGCGGCGGUAGUAUACCUUAUCAUAAUAUAGAUAAGUUAACUGGUAACAUCCAAAUCUCACCGGCUUACACUAUGACGGGUUACUCCGCCAUCACCAGCAGAUAAACAUUUUCUAAAUAUUGUCACUAUUGUGUACAACUUAUUUAUAUUAACUAAAAUCAAUGCUACUUUCAAUACAUUAAUACGAAAAAAUCUUAGUGUUGACGAAAUUUACCAUCUAAUGAAAUAUCAAGUACAUAAAAACUUGAUACUCACAUAUACUGUCUUAGUCUAACCAACUGGAAAAUAACAAAAACGUCCUUGCUUAGACUAUGCAUAACUUACUUGGUUUUGGUCUUAGAGUAAAAAUACCCAUUAUAAAAAAAAGAAGGCAAUAUUCCGAAAAGCAAAAUGGUGCGUUUUUUUUUGUUUAUUUUAAAUAUUAAUUUGAAUAUGCUCAAUUCAUUGUUAAGAAAAUAACAUCUAAUUCAACAUUUUUAAAUUGCUGUAACAUUUCAAACAAUUAAUUUUAAAAGAAACACAUCUCCUUGUUCCCUAGAAUAUUAUUCUCUUUUAAUUUUAUAAUAUAUGAUUUUACUUUAAAACUAAAAUUGAAUAAGUUCUUCACAUUGUCAGAAAUUGUGGGUAGCUUUAAGGGUCUAAGCCAGUUCAAAACAUUUAAACAGAUAAAUUACUAAUUAGUUAUUGGUAAUUAUUAAAAAAUUUGUCCGUUUAUAAGUUUUGAGUAGGCAAUUUCCACUAAAGGUUCUACGCAGUUUGCGUAAAGAUGAUUUUGCUAUAUUGCCCAUUAAUAAGACUGAGACAGCACAUGUGGAUAUAACAUCCUCUUAAGAGGAAUAAUUGUGAUACCUGUUGAACAUUUUAUAAUAGUUUUAUGUUUUCUUUAUUAUUUUACAACUAUGGAUUUUAUAAAUUUGAUAUAGCAUAGGUGCUUGAAUGUAUACCAUCCGUAAUGUAGAUGUAUGAAGAUCUUCUAAAACUAUGAUUAACAUUAUGAAAUAAUAUACCAUUUACAUUUCAGUCUAAACAACAUACUUAUAAUAUUAUAGUUA